UGCGUGCCCGGAAGCAGGAAGUUGUCGGCUUACCCUCCUCGCCGGGUGGCUGCUGUCCCCGAGGCAGGAGGAGCCCGAGAGGGCGCGGGCCCCGCAUGGAUUUUGUAUUGGAAGACAUGGAUCUCGCCGCCAGUGAGCUCAGCAUUUAUGACAAACUUUCAGAGACUGUUGAUUUGGUGAGACAAACAGGCCAUCAGUGUGGCAUGUCAGAGAAGGCAAUUGAAAAAUUUAUCCGACAGCUCCUGGAAAAGAAUGAACCUCAGAGGGGGCCACCCCAGUAUCCUCUCCUGAUAGCGAUGUAUAAGGUCCUUGUAACCCUGGGAUUAAUCUUGCUCACUGCCUACUUUGUGAUUCAACCUUUCAGCCCAUUACCACCUGAACCAGUGCUUUCUGGAGCUCACACCUGGCGCUCACUCAUCCAUCACAUCCGGCUGAUGUCCUUGCCCAUUACCAGGAAGUAUAUGCCAGAAAACAAGGGAAUUCCUCUGCAUGGGGGUGAUGAAGACAGACCCUUUCCAGAUUUUGACCCUUGGUGGACAAACAGCUGUGAGCAGAAUGAGUCGGACCCUGUCCCUGCCAACUGCACUGGCUGUGCCCAGAAAUUACCCCUCAAGGUAAUGCUCUUGGAAGAUACCCCAAAGAAAUUUGAGAGACUCCAUCCUCUGAUGAUCAAGACCGGACACCUCUUGUUGUCCAAGGAGCUUCAGCAUUUUCUGUGCCAGUACCCUGAGGUCACGGAAGGUUUCAGCGAAGGGUUUUUCACCAAGUGGUGGCGCUGCUUUCCCGACCGGUGGUUCCCAUUUCCUUAUCCGUGGAGAAGACCUCUAAAUAGAGCACGCAUUUUACGUGAGCUUUUUCCUGUUUUCACCUACCUGCCAUUUCCAAAAGAUGCCUCCUUAAAAAAGUGCUUCCUUCUUCAACCGGAACCUAUUGUGGGUAGUAAGAUGUAUAGGAUGCAUGACCUGUUCAUCGUUGGCAGCGGUGAGGCCAUGUUGCAGCUCAUUCCUCCUGCCCAGUGCCGAAGACACUGCCAGUCGGUAGCGAUGCCCUUAGAGCCAGGGGAUAUUGGUUAUGCCGGUGCCACACACUGGAAGAUCUACGUGAUAGCCAGAGGGGUCCAGCCUUUGGUCAUCUGUGAUGGAACCACCCUCUCAGAACUAUAGGAAACAAGAACUGUACAGAGGAACAACUUCGAGAGCUGAAGAUCAGAUUGAAAGGGGAGAAAUAAAAACGAUGAAACCACUUUCCAAGGUCACUUAGUUACCUGCCCUGUGCAUGCGUGUAUGAGCCAGCCAUAUGCUGGAGGCCAUGGCCAGAGCCUGGCCCUCCCGACUCUUCCAGCCUAGUUGCUUGGCCAGGACUUUGCCAGUACCUACCUGUGAGGGAUUGGGCUCUUCUAUCUUCCACACCUUUUGGAACCGCAGCCUCGAGGCUGCCCCUCAAGCAGGAAACAGGAUUGGUGCCUUCCCUUACUUUCAUGGCAUGAUCCCUUCUGCUGGCUCCCUGGCCACAGAGAGGGCAGCCCGCAGGUCCAGACUUCAGAGCCGACCCUCACCAGGUGGUCCUGCUUGUCCUGUCUUCCUGGCCACACCACCCUGUACUUCUGUUGAAAGCCAUGGCUGAUUAAAGAAGUCAUUGCAGUUUCCCCAGCAGCAUAGAAUCUAGAAUCCGUGAAACAGGAUUAAGUAAUCUCAUUGCACUCAAGAAAAGCACCGCUUUCCCAGUGUCCAUGACUCUUGGAGUUUCAGUGAUGCCAGGUUGGAGUGUGAUUAUAAUUGAAAUGGUAAUUCCUAAGGUAAUACUUGCCUCCAUUUGAUCAAGUUCUUAGGCCUACCCCCACCCCCACCCCUUCUCACUUGGCUCGCAGAAGCUGGACUCCCCGUCCUCCCUCGCUGGCAGGUCCAGAGCCCUGGACUGCUGAGGCGGCACAGCUUCUGUCAGCUGGGUUGGUUUACCAAGUGUCUUCGGAGGGGAUGAGUUAGAAUCCUGGCCUGGGGAGAGGGUGCCUCCCCGGGUUUGAUCUUUUAGGGUCCAGCUUUCUGCAGGGAAGAUGUUUUACAGAUGUGUCAAGCUGAUGUUGUAAUAUGGUUGGGGAAGGAACUCCAGACCCAACGUGUUUGCCAGCUGGGUGUGCGACUCUGGGAUCCUCUGUCUUGAAAUGAUUUCUUUCUCCUGGGAAACAAGGUGAGGUAUUUUUAUCGUUUGUAAAAAUACAAAGCUAUGUUCUUUCA